AUGUUGAUCCUCAAAGAGAAGGAAGUGUUCUCACUCCUCUCAAAUCUCUCCCCAGAGGAAGCCCGGCGCCUUCUUCACCGCCUCCACGAUGUUUUGCGAGAGUUUUCCCGGAGCCACCACCUGGCCCCCGAAGAACGAAACAUUCAUCAACCCGAACGAGCAGCAAUUGUGACCAAGUUGGGCAAUACGUCCCUUUUUAUGCCAUGCUCACUCACCACCUCAACCGCCGUCAAAGUCGUGACUCUCGAUUCUGGGGGUAGCCUCAAGGGCGCGAUCAAUGUUUUCACACCAGAAGGUGAUCUGGUCGGCGUUUUGAACGCCAUGGAAGUCACAGCUUUCCGAACGUCGCUGGCUGUGAUGAUCCCCUAUGUUCGUUUUGUGCACAAGAAAACGAACAUUGUGGUAUUCGGAGCAGGGAGACAGGCUGAGUGGCAUGUUAACCUAGCCCUUUUGCUGAGCAAGGUCGACCGUGUGACAGUUGUUAAUCGAAGCAGCCCCCGCAGGAUGGAGCAGCUGUUUGCGAAGUUGUCAGAGGCGUAUCCGGGCACAAGCUUCAAUCUGCUUUUGAAGACAGACGUCGAUUACGACGCACACUUGCGAAGGGUGCUGACGGACGCGGAUGUCAUCUUCUGCUGCACUCCCGCAACUACGCCUCAUUUCCCGUAUACCUAUUUGGACGCCAGACCACGGUUUAUCUCGUUGAUCGGGUCGUACAAGCCCUCCAUGCAGGAAGUUGACUCACGGACACUUCUCUCUGGAGGCCGCAUCUAUGUCGACACCAAAGAAGGAUGUCUGACAGAAUCAGGUGAACUGAUCAAUGCAAACGUAACGAAAGACCAGCUUGUCGAGGUUGGCGAGCUCGAGAAUGACGAACCGUUGCAAACGGAGGGGAAUUUAGUGUUCAAAUGUGUUGGUUUGGGUCUUAUGGAUAUAACAAUUGCACGGGAACUGCUCACGAUGGCGGAGAAGGAGAAAAUGGGAUUCUCCGUGGAUGAUUUUUGA